AUGAAGUUCACUGUCGGUUCUGCUAUGGUGGCCACCACCUUCCUCUCCGCUGCGAACGCCGCCUUCCCCUCCAUCCCCAACAUCCCCGAGACCUGCUUGGAGAUCCCCCAGGUCAUUGGCAACAAGCCUCUCCAGCUGCUCUCCUACUUCCACAAGGAGGUCUGCGAGAAGAACUGCACUGCCACCAUCAACCAGCACAAUCAGUACCUUCAGGAGUCGGUCUUCCCCCAGAUCAUGAAGGACCUGGACCAGAAGCUGGACAUACCCGCCUCCGAGCAGGCCUCUUUCCAGAAAAUCCAGACUCAGAUCACUUCCGCCAUCGAGAAGGACUGCAAGUCUGAAGGCGACAAGCCUCUGUGCAAUGACCUCGAGGGUCUGGCCAACUACGGCAUUUGUGCGCUCAAGGCUAGCCAGCCCAUCAUCAUGAACAACAUUGGCCAGCUCCAAGGCUCCGUGAACAUCACCGACGCCGACUGCACCAAGAUCAAGCAGAUCGAUUCCGACGCGACUGUCUGGCAGAAGACCCUCCCCGGCGGCAUCACUGGCACCCCAGACGGAUCCACUGAACAUCUCGGCAUGCCAUCCUCGGUACUAUGCCCCGCCCUAAAGCUCGGACGCGCCGAUACAUGCGUGCCGAGUCCACGGCCCGCUGCUCAACGGCCGACUGCAAACACCCGAAUUUCCGACAAUAGCAAUGUAACAUAUGAUUCUGGGCGUCGACCAACCACAACCCUUGGUGCGAAUACCUUGGCAGGUCGGGCAGAUUCCGCUAGUUUCGAGGCUUCGGAGCCAAGUCGAUCGACAGUAGAUACUCAGCCUAUGUCCCCAGAAACGUUACAUAGGACCCAUCCGCGGAUGCUCCGCAAUCUCCGCGGCGAACGAGAGGCUGUAGCUAAUUUUUCGCGUUCGGCAGUCUAUGUGGGAAAGGCUGCCUCCUUGUCCUUCCUACAAUUGGUCCGAGACACUGUAUCACAGUAUAUUGGGCCAUCGCAAUUCUCGCACAAUGUGAAAAGUGAAGAUAUGCUGGAGACGGAGACACCGCAUGGAACUCCUCCAACACUAGAGAGUAGUCUGGACUCGUAUCAGCUACUCCAGUACUAUCAGACCUAUAGCUCUGCUACGAGUGGCUUUAUCUACGUCUUGUCAGGUGCGGAAGCUAUGGAAAUUCUUGAUGCUUUGAUUGAGCCUAGCACACAUCCGGAUAGAACAGAGAUGGCCGUCGCAGAUAUGAUAAUCGCUAUCGGGGCACAGGCUAGCAAACGCACUGUAUCGACCGAGCAAGCCGAACGCUAUUUCUUCUCCCGUGCUCAACGCAGCGCCUUUGAGGGGAUGUUAGAAAACCCAAGCCUACCUCUGAUACGGUUGUUCCUAUUGAUGUCCUUCUAUAUGCUUGGUGCUUGUCGUCGGAAUGCUGCCUUCAUGUAUCUUGGAGUGGCUGUCCGGGCUGCCGUGGCAUUGGGUCUUCAUCUCACCGAGCUCGCGGAUGCCGUGCCUAACCCUGAGCAACACCAGAGAGCAAGGGUGUGGAUGAGUGUCUAUAACCUGGACCUCCUGGUAAGCUCUAUCCUUGGGAGGCCGGCUGCGACAGCUGCUCUACGUUCAGAGACAGAUGAUGGGCCUAUCCGUUACACACUCCUGGAGGGCCACAUGUCGAUGGGCCUGGUUGCGUCCUACGGAGUCUCGAGGAUCUUAGAGGAGAUUAUCUCGUCUAUGUACAGCAAAGAAGGAGCCUCGGCUGAUCUCGCAGAAUCGCUUCUGGCCAAACUCAAGCAAUGGAGCGAUGAAUUACCGGGCCCAUUGGUAGAGCCUCCUAACCUUGACUUCGACGAACCUGCUGCGCGAACCCAUAUCAUCAACAAUCUUCACGUUGCGUGCAUCUACCAUUUUGCGGUAAUCACAGCUACGCGACCCUUCCUGGUGUCAGUACUAGGCGUGCGGCUGGCGCGGUUGCACAACGACUCUACAGACGGCGCAUCAAGUGAUCUGUUGCACGAGGAGGCGGCACAUUCCAAUCUGGCAACUGCUUGCAUCGAUUCGGCCUUGUACAUGAUACAGACGUGCUCCGAGGUGCACCGCUCUGGAUUAAUGCUAGGUAAUAUGUGCAUACUGAAAGCUUUUGUAUUCGCUGCCGCUUUGGUUCUCGGGUUCUCGAUGUUCUCUCGGAAGGAGGCAGAGCCCUCGCAUGAACGGGCUUAUGGGGAAGCCCUGGAGAUUCUUCGUGUGCUUUCGGAGCAGUCCGCCCAGGCAGCACAUUAUUAUGAGAUACUUAGUUGCCUGGGCAAUGCCGUUACUGAGCAGCGUCGACGACUGGAACAGCAUUCCCGCCAGAUCAAGGGGCGAUAUGUCAGUAAGCUUUUCAGUCUGGAUGAUCGCAGGCCCUCUGUGGAGGUGCAACGGGGGUUAGACACGCCAUUGUUGAAUAGCGUUUCUGCUAUAUCCCCUGAGGCCGGCAUCUCGGAUCCAUGGGCUGGUAUUCAGCGCCUGGGUUUUAUGGACUCUCUGGGGAUUGAUGCAGCAUUCACUGGUCUCGACGGUAUGCAGCUGCCGGUGUGGGAUAGCUUUCCCUUCGUUGGCGAGGCUUUUCAGUUGCAGGGCAGGUUGUCGAAUGGUGUCGCGGGUACGUGGAAGUUCGAACGCUCCAACCUUCGGACACUAUGUUUUUCUAUUUCCUUUUCAUCUAAGCUCAUUGCCUAUGGUGCUUACUAG